AUGGACUGGCGUCUCUUGAAAGCAGCCACAUCCGGUGAUGUUCCAUCACUGAAGCAACUACUGGCUCUUGAUGGCCCGGGCGUGCUGCUUGGGAUAACUCCACAAGGAAACACAUGCCUCCACAUCGCCUCCAUCCAGGGCCACGAGGAAUUCUGCAAGAAUAUCCUGACGGUGGACCAUUCACCGGCUCUAGCGCUCCUCUCCACGAUCAACAAAGACGGCGAGACACCGCUGCUCACCGCAGUCGCAAGGGGCUGCGCUCCUUUAUUAGCUGCUGUUUUACUCAGGCGCUGCCGUGACCAGCAGCUGAUGCAGACCAUCCUGAAGCAAGACAGGCGCGGAUGCAACGCGCUGCACCAUGCCAUCCACAUAGGAUACACGAAGCUGGCGCUCGAGCUGAUAGAGGGAGAACCUGCCAUGUCAAAAACUGUGGACGAACGCAACGAGUCGCCUCUGUUCAAUGCGGCAAGGAGGAAUUUCACAGAGGUGUCACAUAAAUUGCUGGAGAUCCUAGAUUCAGCUGAUUGUGGACCCUUGGGCGUCCAUGUUCUCCAUGCUGCUGUCAGAAAUGGAAAUCUAGGAGAGAUUUUCGCUCUGUACAAAUGUCCAUGUGGCUAA